GUCAUUGUUUUUAUAAACUGCAGUGUUCCGUAACAUACACAAGAGGUCAGCAUUGUGCCAUUUGCCGACACCUAAAACACUGCAGUGUCUUGACAGAGGCAGCAUACCGUGUCGGUACCUGUUUAAAACGAACGACAUAUUGAUUUGAACGCUGGGUGGCGCCAUCCACGGCAGACUGCUAUCCAUGGUCCUGAAAAUCAUCUGAAGGCUUCUUUAAGCCUGCAGCUGUCACCAUUCACACACCCCUUGGCCCCCUCAAGUCAAACUCAGGGAGCGGAAAUUACUGGAGUUGUCAAUCAUUUAUGUGUGUUGUUGUUUUCUGUAGAUCACGGCUGUUGUAUAGUCAAAGAUCAUUUAUAUGACAGGGCUGCUAUGAUAUUUGUCGGAAUCUGACUGCAAAAACACUUGAUAAAGAGCCGUGGAAUGAGCAUUCUGUAUUUAGGGAUCUACUGCAGUCAAAGAAGUCAAAGAUGCUCUAUAUGACAGGAGCUCUCUGCUGUUUUUGAGGAGUGACUGUAAAAACUAGCCGAAGAUCAUCUAUAUAGCAGUUCUGUGCAGUUGUCUUUUAUUCCAGCGAAUAGAUGGAGUGCCAGAGAGGGGGAGAGAUACAAAGAAAUGAGAGAGAAAUGCUGUAUAUAAUAGAAUAUGCCCAUAGAGCGAGAGAGAGAGAGAGAGAGAGAGAGAGAGAGUGAGAGGGAGAGUGAGAGGUAGGGAGCGAGAGUGCAAGAGAGCAGCACCAGAAGACGAGCGAAGUAGGCACGAGACAUGUCUCCAGGAUUCAGGUGCGCGUGCACAUGGCCCAGGUGCGGCGCUCACAGGUCGCUGGGAUAAACGUGCACGUGACAGCAGCUGGUAUGCACGCACACUUGGCUUGUCUAGGGCGACGUGGCUCCACGACAAGGCAAGCGUAAAGAUGGGUUCGCUCGGCUUGCUCCUGCUUCCCACCCUGCUCUCCCGCCUCCUGCUCCUCUCUCACGGCAUCGGUAUCCACGAGCGUGCUGCUGUCCCACGCGCCGUGUCCCGCUCGGUGGCCCGGAUGGACGGAGACGUGAUCAUCGGCGCUCUCUUCUCCGUGCAUCACCAGCCGUCUGCAGAGAAGGUGGCCGAGAGGAAGUGCGGGGACGUCCGCGAGCAGUACGGCAUCCAGCGAGUGGAGGCCAUGUUCCACACCUUGGACCGCAUCAAUGCAGAUCAGAACCUGCUCCCCAACAUCAGCCUGGGUUGCGAGAUCCGGGACUCCUGCUGGCACUCCUCAGUGGCCCUGGAGCAGAGCAUCGAGUUCAUCCGGGACUCGCUCAUCUCCAUCAGGGACGACAAGGACGGCUCCAAGUGGUGCGUUGACGGCACGCACUCCAACCAGCCACCGCCGACAAAGAAGCCCAUUGCUGGGGUGAUCGGACCCGGGUCCAGCUCCGUGGCCAUUCAGGUGCAGAACCUGCUGCAGCUCUUCAACAUCCCGCAGAUCGCCUACUCCGCCACCAGCAUCGACCUGAGCGACAAGACUCUGUUCAAGUACUUCCUGAGGGUCGUGCCCUCUGACACCCUGCAGGCCCGAGCCAUGCUGGAUAUUGUGCAGCACUACAACUGGACCUACGUGUCUGCGGUGCACACUGAAGGGAACUAUGGCGAGAGCGGGAUGGAGGCCUUUAAGGAGCUGGCCUCUCAGGAAGGCUUGUGCAUCGCCCACUCAGACAAAAUCUACAGCAACGCCGGCGAGAAGCAGUUUGAUCGCCUUCUCAGGAAGCUCCGCGAGCGCCUGCCCAAAGCUCGGGUGGUGGUGUGCUUCUGCGAGGGCAUGACCGUCCGUGGGCUCCUCAUGGCCAUGCGGCGAUUGGGGGUGUACGGGGAGUUCCUCCUGGUGGGCAGUGAUGGAUGGGCCGACCGCUACGAAGUGGUGGAGGGCUACGAGCAGGAAGCCAAGGGAGGAAUCACCAUGAAGCUGCAGUCGGAGGUGGUCAAGUCCUUCGACGAUUACUACCUGAAACUGCGUCUGGACACCAACACCAGGAAUCCUUGGUUUCCGGAGUUCUGGCAGUACCGCUUCCAGUGCCGCCUGCCCGGCCAUCCUCAGGAGAACAAGAACUACAAGAAAGUCUGCACCGGAAAUGAGAGCCUGCAAGAAAACUACAUGCAGGACAGCAAGAUGGGCUUCGUCAUCAACGCCAUCUACGCCAUGGCCCACGGCCUCCACGACAUGCACAGCGAGAUGUGCCCGGGCCAGCCGGGGCUCUGCAACGCCAUGGACCCCAUUGACGGCAGCAAGCUUCUAGACUACCUGCUCAAGACGUCCUUCAGAGGCGUCUCGGGGGAGGAUAUCUACUUUGAUGAAAACGGAGACACCCCCGGAAGGUAUGACAUCAUGAAUCUACAGAACGUGGAGGACGGUCGCUAUGACUACAUCAAUGUGGGAUCCUGGCACGAGGGCAUCCUGAACAUCGACGACAACAAGCUGUGGAUGAACAGCAGCGACAUGGUGCGAUCGGUCUGCAGCGACCCCUGCUCCAAAGGACAAAUCAAGGUGAUCAGGAAGGGCGAGGUGAGCUGCUGCUGGAUCUGCACCACGUGCAAGGAGAAUGAGUUUGUCCAGGAUGAGUUCACCUGCAAGGCCUGCGAGCUGGGAUGGUGGCCCGAUGACGACUUGGCAGGCUGCCAGCCUCUGCCGCUGAAGUAUCUCGACUGGGCAGAUGUGGAAUCCAUCGUCGCCGUGGUGUUCUCCUGUGUGGGCAUCCUCAUCACCUCCUUUGUGACGUUCAUUUUCAUCCAGUACCGCGACACUCCCGUCGUGAAGUCGUCCAGCCGGGAGCUCUGCUACAUUAUCCUGGCGGGCAUCUUCCUGGGCUACAUCUGUCCGUUCACGUUGAUCGCCCGUCCCACCGUGGCCUCCUGCUACCUGCAGCGCCUCCUGGUGGGCCUGUCGUCGGCAAUGUGCUACUCUGCGCUGGUGACCAAGACCAACCGCAUCGCUCGGAUCCUGGCGGGCAGCAAGAAGAAGAUCUGCACCAGGAAGCCGCGCUUCAUGAGCGCCUGGGCGCAGGUGAUCAUCGCCUUCAUGCUGAUCAGCGUCCAGCUGACUCUGGAGAUCACGCUCAUCAUUCUGGAGCCGCCUGAACCCAUCAAGUCGUAUCCCAGCAUACGUGAGGUCUACCUCAUCUGCAACACCAGCAACAUUGGCAUGGUGGCGCCGCUGGGCUACAACGGCCUUCUCAUCAUGAGCUGCACCUAUUACGCCUUCAAGACGCGGAACGUCCCGGCCAAUUUUAACGAGGCGAAAUACAUCGCCUUCACCAUGUACACUACCUGCAUCAUCUGGCUGGCCUUCGUGCCCAUCUACUUUGGCUCCAACUACAAGAUCAUCACCACCUCCUUCUCCGUCAGCCUCAGCGUCACCGUGGCGCUGGGCUGCAUGUUCACACCCAAGAUGUACAUUAUCAUUGCUAAGCCGGAGAGGAAUGUCCGAAGCGCCUUCACCACCUCCGACGUGGUUCGGAUGCACGUCGGCGAUGGGAAGUCUGCGGCGGCCUGCGGCACCAACAGCUUCCUCAACAUGUUCCGCAGGAAGAAGCCCGCGUCUGGCAAUGCAAAUUCUAAUGGCAAGUCUGUGUCAUGGUCUGAAUCAGGUGCAAGACACCCUCCUCCGAGGGGAGGGAAUGUGUGGCACAGACUGUCUGUGCAUGUGAGGAAACAGGAAGCCGGCCUGAAUCAGACGGCGGUCAUCAGGCCCCUAACUAACACCCCCGACCCCCACAGUUGUGAGCCCUCCGCCCGCGACCCUGGCACAGACCCUCACCCCCCUCAAGAAACGCCACACGCCAGGCCCCCGCCCGAUCCCGUGGACGAAGACGACAAGGGGCGCCCCAUCUAUGCUGGCCCCGUAGAAGGGGCGCAAGGGCCAGCUUCCUACCUGCCCCCCCGCGCUCAGCGGCCCCUGGUGGAAACACACUGCUCCCACGUCCCCGCACGCAUUGACCGCCCCCCUCGGGAGCCUGUCAAUGAGCCUUUGAGCUCAACACAGCUUCCUUUGGCCCCAAAAGGGCGGCCGUUUGAGGAGCCCCACGAGGAGGAGCUGGACCUUUUACACGAAUAUAUUUACGACGCCAAGGAGGAAGGGGGCGUACCCCACAACAUAAAGCCAACUUUGGAGGACACCCUUGCUCUUUCCCCGCCUUCCCCCUUCAGAGACUCGGUGUGUUCAGAGGAGUCUGUCCCCGGCUCCCCCACAUUAGAGUCCAUGCUCGGGGGUCCCCACACCGCUAACAUCCUCCGAGACUUCGCACACAGCUCCUCAACACUGUGAGAAGCAGGAAAAAAAAUGAGCACACUUUCCAUUUUACAAGCUUUUCUUACUUCUACUUCUUUCAUGUUUUGCUUGCUUGUGUUUCCAGUUAGGGCUCCAAUAAAAGUCAGCACACACAACACAACAACAACAACAGUGCCAAACCAACGUCAGCAGCUCUCAUUCUCUUGCAGCAUCGUGCAAAAGUAUUUGGCCACCGCUAACUCUAAGUCUUCCUCACAUGGUGGCGCCGCUCAUUUAUUUACUCAACUGCAGAGAGUACUGAGUGUCUAUUAAGGGUAAAAGGAGGAACUCUUAUUUUUGCACUCUUUCACAGUCCAGUCAUCAUAUGUGCCUAUAUAGUGGCUGCAGGCAUUUAGUUGCUCAACUGCAGAGAGGAUGAGGCAUCUAUUAGGGAUAAGACAUUUUUUUAUUCAUUAUUAUUAAAAAUAAUAGUAAAUCAUUAAGUCAAAUAAAUAAAUACAUAAAAUAGUAAUUAAAUAACUAAAAUAUAUAAAUUUAUUGUAAUUUAUUUUAGCGGGACAAAAAAUAAAAUAAUGCAGUAUAUUAUAUAAUAAAUGUAAUACAAUGAAUGAAUUGUUACCAUUUUAGAGCGGAGGCCAGUAUUUGAGGAAAUCUGAUCUUUGUAGCUUUGCUAAAAAUGACACAUCUAGUGGUGGCCUAGGACUUUUGCACCUUACUGUUUAAAAAAAAAUAUCAAUAAAUAAAGGUCUAUAUUUGCAAAAAAAACAUCAAUAGAGUAUAAAUAUAUAUGAAUGAAAUAACUCAAGAGGACUUCAUUCCAGUUUUGUAUUAGCUCCCAAGCAGCACAAGCCAGUCUAGAGGACAUCUUUACCCGUUGUUUUGCGUUUUUUUUUACUCUUAGACGUCACGCUGGACGCCUCAUUAGAAUUGAAAUACAACGCAAUGGUUGGGUUGAAUGCUGGUUUUGCCGUGUCGCUUGGCAUCUUUCUUGGGCGCUGUAUGUGGACAUGACGUGCCAAAUCCAACGUGUUCGUACAUCCUGGCUCGGUGCUGAGCCGUGCUACCAGCACAGCACCACGAAAAGAAGCUUUUGGGGUAUUUUCCUCAUCUUUUAUGCUGUGUCAUUGUAACGCAAAAAAAAAAAAACACACAAAAAAAGAAAAAACACAGUACUUUGUAAUACUGUUAAACCAUCUCUUGUUUUUUCACACAGGUGGUAUGUUUGUAAUACGGAUACAUGUUUCUAUAUUUAGAAUGUCAACAGUCCCAACAAAAAAAAAAACACACAAAGUUUAUACAUUUUGUCUUGUGUUUGCUUUUUUGGAGGGGCUAACUUUCAGACUAGCUUGUACAAGUAACCAAUGACUAGUUGCUUCUUGUAAUGACAUAUAUUUACUUCUACUUUUCUCAAUAAGAAUGCACAUGAUUUCCAAGUAUAAGACUAUAUACAGUACAUAGUGCCAGUGUAUUGUAUUUCCAAAUGUUUAUCAUAGUGGAUUUUGUUCAAUGAUUUCUCUCCGAUGUGAAAAAAAGAAUAAGAAUAAAAAAAUAACAGGUUGCCACCAUGUUGAAGGACCAUAGAAGGAAACAGGCCUUUAUGUUUCAGUUGAACCAGGCUGUCCAAUAAAAACAGUUUAUACUGAAAAGUCACUCAACUUCCAUUGGCUUGUCAUUGGACACUUCAUUAGGUACACCCAUGCACUGAUGCAAUAGGACAAAGACACCAAUACACAACAAUAUGGUUUUGACUUACUUACUUUUAUUUACUACUCUUCAUCUUAAACUACAUUACUCACUAACUACUGACAUUACUUACCUAUUCUUCAACCCUAACAUGAAACUACCUGACUAACUACUCUUCAACUUUACAUGAAACAAUGUGACUAACAAACUAGUCUCUGACCUUGACAUUAAACUACAUGACUAAAUAACCCAUUAUUCAAACCCAAUGUUCAACCACAUAACUAACCACUCUACAGCUUUCACAAACUGCAUGACUAACUCUUCUCCGAUCUUGACAUUAAACUACAUGACUAAAUAACCCUUUAUUCAAACCUAAUGUUCAACUACAUAACUACUCUUCAGCUUUCACAAACUACAUGACUAACUCGUCUCUGACCUUGACAUGAAACUACAUGACUAACUACAUGUAUGACUAACUAGUCUCCAACCCUUUCUCCGAAACUACAUGGCCAACUAACUACAUUGACAUUAAACUACAUACUAACUAACUUUCAAUUUUGACAUUAAACUACAUGACCAACUAACAUGAAACUGCAUGCCUAACUAGUCUCCAACCUGUGUUUUUAAAUUAGAUGACCAACUAACUACUCUUCAUCCUUGAUAUUAAACUGCAUGACUUACUAGUCGUCAUGACUAACUAGUCCCCAACCUUGACAUUAAACUAAUUCUCUUCAACUUUGACAUGAAACUACAUGACUAAUUGGUCUACA